AUGUCUUCUUCAAUCUUCUUAUUUUUCUCACCAGCUCUACUAAUCCUCACACUCUCCCCCAUACCAAAUUUUGCUUCUUCUUCUUUACAGGAAGCCAAUGCUCUUCUUAAAUGGAAAACAAGCCUUCAAAUCCCAAACAAUUCCUUGGUUUCUUCAUGGAUUUCCCUCCCUUUGAAUUCCAGUGCAUUAGUUCCAUGCACUUCUUGGUUUGGAGUAGUUUGCAAUGCUGAUGGGAGCACUCAGAGGCUAAGCCUCAGUUCAUGUGGCUUAAACGGUACACUCCACCAAUUUCCAUUCUCUUUGCUACACAAUCUUACAUAUCUUGAUCUCACUAUAAACAACUUCUUUGGCCCCAUCCCACAAGAAAUCCGACUCCUCUCCAAACUUGUAUAUCUUGAUUUUUCAGUGAAUAAGUUUUCUGGAGUAAUCCCACCUGAAAUAGGAAACCUGCGCCAGCUAACCAUCUUAUGCAUAUAUUCAAACAAUAUAUCUGGCACAAUUCCUUCAUCAUUGGGUAAUUUGAAGUCUCUCACUAAGCUUAGUUUGAGUGGUAAUCAACUUAGUGGUUCUAUUCCGUCAACAUUGGGUUAUUUGACAUCUUUGAAUGUCCUUUAUUUGUUCCGAAAUCAACUCUCUGGUCCCAUUCCUAUUGAACUUGGGAAUUUGAAGUCUCUCACUGAUCUUGAGGUGAGCAACAAUCUGCUUAAUGGUUCCAUUCCUUCAUCAUUGGGUAAUUUAACAUCUUUGAAUGUCCUUUAUUUGCACAACAAUCAACUAUCUGGUCCCAUUCCUAUUGAACUUGGGAAUUUGAAGUCUCUCACUGAUCUUGAGGUGAGCAACAAUCAGCUUAAUGGUUCCAUUCCUUCAUCAUUGGGUGAUUUGACAUCUUUGAAUGUCCUUUAUUUGUACUACAAUCAACUCUCUGGUCGCAUUCCUAUUGAACUUGGGAAUUUGAAGUCUCUCACUAAGCUUAGUCUGAGUAACAAUCAACUUAGUGGUUCUAUUCCUUCAUCAUUGGGUGAUUUGACAUCUUUGAAUGUCCUUUAUUUGUUCCGAAAUCAACUCUCUGGUCCCAUUCCUAUUGAGCUUGGGAAUUUGAAGUCUCUCACUAAUCUUGAGGUGGGCAACAAUCAGCUUAAUGGUUCCAUUCCUUCAUCAUUGAGUGAUUUGACAUCUUUGAAUGUCCUUUAUUUGCACCACAAUCAACUCUCUGGUCCCAUUCCUAUUGAACUUGGGAAUUUGAAGUCUCUCACUAAGCUUGGUCUGAGUAACAAUCAACUUAGUGGUUCUAUUCCUUCAUCAUUGGGUUAUUUGACAUCUUUGAAUGUCCUUUAUUUGUACUACAAUCAACUCUCUGGUCCCAUUCCUAUUGAACUUGGGAAUUUGAAGUCUCUCACUGAUCUUGAGGUGAGCAACAAUCUGCUUAAUGGUUCCAUUCCUUCAUCAUUGGGUAAUUUAACAUCUUUGAAUGUCCUUUAUUUGCACCACAAUCAACUCUCUGGUCCCAUUCCUAUUGAACUUGGGAAUUUGAAGUCUCUCACUGAUCUUGAGGUGAGCAACAAUCAGCUGAAUGGUUCCAUUCCUUCAUCAUUGGGUGAUUUGACAUCUUUGAAUGUCCUUUAUUUCGACCAAAAUCAACUCUCUGGUCCCAUUCCUAUUGAACUUGGGAAUUUGAAGUCUCUCACUAAGCUUGGUCUGAGUAACAAUCAACUUAGUGGUUCUAUUCCUUCAUCAUUGGGUGAUUUGACAUCUUUGAAUGUCCUUUAUUUGUUCCGAAAUCAACUCUCUGGUCCCAUUCCUAUUGAGCUUGGGAAUUUGAAGUCUCUCACUAAUCUUGAGGUGGGCAAUAAUCAGCUUAAUGGUUCCAUUCCUUCAUCAUUGGGUGAUUUGACAUCUUUGAAUGUCCUUUAUUUCGACGAAAAUCAACUCUCUGGUCCCAUUCCUAUUGAACUUGGGAAUUUGAAGUCUCUCACUAAGCUUGGUCUGAGUAACAAUCAACUUAGUGGUUCUAUUCCUUCAUCAUUGGGUGAUUUGACAUCUUUGAAUGUCCUUUAUUUGUUCCGAAAUCAACUCUCUGGUCCCAUUCCUAUUGAGCUUGGGAAUUUGAAGUCUCUCACUAAUCUUGAGGUGGGCAACAAUCAGCUUAAUGGUUCCAUUCCUUCAUCAUUGGGUGAUUUGACAUCUUUGAAUGUCCUUUAUUUGCACCACAAUCAACUCUCUGGUCCCAUUCCUAUUGAACUUGGGAAUUUGAAGUCUCUCACUAAGCUUGGUCUGAGUAACAAUCAACUUAGUGGUUCUAUUCCUUCAUCAUUGGGUGAUUUGACAUCUUUGAAUGUCCUUUAUUUGUUCCGAAAUCAACUCUCUGGUCCCAUUCCUAUUGAGCUUGGGAAUUUGAAGUCUCUCACUAAUCUUGAGGUGGGCAACAAUCAGCUUAAUGGUUCCAUUCCUUCAUCAUUGGGUGAUUUGACAUCUUUGAAUGUCCUUUAUUUGCACCACAAUCAACUCUCUGGUCCCAUUCCUAUUGAACUUGGGAAUUUGAAGUCUCUCACUAAGCUUGGUCUGAGUAACAAUCAACUUAGUGGUUCUAUUCCUUCAUCAUUGGGUGAUUUGACAUCUUUGAAUGUCCUUUAUUUGUUCCGAAAUCAACUCUCUGGUCCCAUUCCUAUUGAGCUUGGGAAUUUGAAGUCUCUCACUAAUCUUGAGGUGGGCAACAAUCAGCUUAAUGGUUCCAUUCCUUCAUCAUUGGGUGAUUUGACAUCUUUGAAUGUCCUUUAUUUCGACGAAAAUCAACUCUCUGGUCCCAUUCCUAUUGAACUUGGGAAUUUGAAGUCUCUCACUAAGCUUGGUCUGAGUAACAAUCAACUUAGUGGUUCUAUUCCUUCAUCAUUGGGUGAUUUGACAUCUUUGAAUGUCCUUUAUUUGUUCCGAAAUCAACUCUCUGGUCCCAUUCCUAUUGAGCUUGGGAAUUUGAAGUCUCUCACUAAUCUUGAGGUGGGCAACAAUCAGCUUAAUGGUUCCAUUCCUUCAUCAUUGGGUGAUUUGACAUCUUUGAAUGUCCUUUAUUUGCACCACAAUCAACUCUCUGGUCCCAUUCCUAUUGAACUUGGGAAUUUGAAGUCUCUCACUAAGCUUGGUCUGAGUAACAAUCAACUUAGUGGUUCUAUUCCUUCAUCAUUGGGUGAUUUGACAUCUUUGAAUGUCCUUUAUUUGUUCCGAAAUCAACUCUCUGGUCCCAUUCCUAUUGAGCUUGGGAAUUUGAAGUCUCUCACUAAUCUUGAGGUGGGCAACAAUCAGCUUAAUGGUUCCAUUCCUUCAUCAUUGGGUGAUUUGACAUCUUUGAAUGUCCUUUAUUUGCACCACAAUCAACUCUCUGGUCCCAUUCCUAUUGAACUUGGGAAUUUGAAGUCUCUCACUAAGCUUGGUCUGAGUAACAAUCAACUUAGUGGUUCUAUUCCUUCAUCAUUGGGUGAUUUGACAUCUUUGAAUGUCCUUUAUUUGUUCCGAAAUCAACUCUCUGGUCCCAUUCCUAUUGAGCUUGGGAAUUUGAAGUCUCUCACUAAUCUUGAGGUGGGCAACAAUCAGCUUAAUGGUUCCAUUCCUUCAUCAUUGGGUGAUUUGACAUCUUUGAAUGUCCUUUAUUUGCACCACAAUCAACUCUCUGGUCCCAUUCCUAUUGAACUUGGGAAUUUGAAGUCUCUCACUAAGCUUGGUCUGAGUAACAAUCAACUUAGUGGUUCUAUUCCUUCAUCAUUGGGUUAUUUGACAUCUUUGAAUGUCCUUUAUUUUUACUACAAUCAACUCUCUGGUCCCAUUCCUAUUGAACUUGGGAAUUUGAAGUCUCUCACUGAUCUUGAGGUGGGCAACAAUCAGCUUAAUGGUUCCAUUCCUUCAUCAUUGGGUGAUUUGACAUCUUUAAAUGUCCUUUAUUUCGACGAAAAUCAACUGUCUGGUCCCAUUCCUAUUGAACUUGGCAAUUUGAAGUCUCUCAUUCGUCUUCAGGUUAGAGGGAAUCAGCUUAGUGGUUCCAUUCCUUCAUCAUUGGGUGAUUUGACAUCUUUAAAUGUCCUUUAUUUCGACGAAAAUCAACUGUCUGGUCCCAUUCCUAUUGAACUUGGGAAUUUGAAGUCUCUCACUAAUCUUGGUUUGAGUGACAAUCAACUUAGUGGUGCCAUUCCUUCAUCACUAGGAAACCUCAGCAAGCUACAGACUCUGUACCUUCACACAAAUAAACUAUUUGGUUCGAUUCCACUAGGAUUGGGAAGUCUAGAGACACUUGAGCUGUCAAAUAAUCAUUUUUCUGGCCAUUUACCAGUAGAUUUGUGCCAUGGGGGAAAGCUUCAGAAGUUCACAAUAAAUGCUAAUCAUCUCACUGGGCCUAUUUCAAGAGGCUUACGGAAUUGUCCCAGCUUAAUUAGGGCUCAUUUUGAUCAAAAUCAAUUCAUUGGAGUUAUAUCCAAUAGCUUUGGCAUCUAUCCACGCUUAAAAUAUCUUGAUAUCAGUCACAAUAAUUUUCAUGGGCAGCUUUCUCAAAACUGGAGUAAAUGCAAGAAUUUGACAGCCUUAAUGAUGGCAUAUAACAACAUCAGUGGUAGCAUACCACCAGAGUUUGGAAAUUCAACUCAACUACAAAGGCUUGAUCUUUCUUCCAAUCAUCUGGUAGGUGAAAUCCCAAAGGAGUUCGGGAAGAUGAUAUGUAUGCUGAAUUUGUCCUUGGCUAAUAACCAACUUUCAGGUAUUAUACCUCCAGAGCUCGGAUUUUUAGAACUCCUUGAAGUACUCGAUCUAUCUGCAAAUAGAUUGAUUGGGUCAAUACCAAAAAGUAUUAGUCAAUGGGAACAUAUCCACUACUUGAAUCUUAGUAAUAACAUGCUCGGUGACAAAAUUCCAUCUGAGAUUGGCAAAUUAGUUCAACUUACAGAAGUUGAUUUAUCUCAGAAUUUGCUCACUAAAGAGAUACCAUUUGAAGUUCAAAGUUUGAAAAAUCUACAAAAGUUGAAUCUUUCUCACAAUAGACUAUUUGGUUCUAUUCCUAACGCUUUUACAAGUUUGCCCAAUGGGAUUGACAUCGACCUGUCCAAAAAUGAGCUCACAGGUCCAGUUCCGCUUUGCUCCAACUUUUUGAAUGCAUCCUUACAAGGCAAUCCAGGUCUGUGUGGUAAUUUUACAGGACUAAAAUUUUGUGCAAAUCAAAUCUCGAAGAAGAAAAAUGAUCCCAUUCAUCAUCAACUCAUCCUUGUAAUUAUGCUCCCUCUUAUCGGGGCAACUUUACUUGGUUUUGUCAUGUGUGGCCUCAUUGCUUAUCGAAAACAAAAGAGACAUUCUCCACAGAAACCAUUGGAUAAUGAAGGUGGUGGUUACUUCUCCAUAACAAAUUUUGAUGGAGGAGUAGCGUAUGAUGACAUCUUGAAAGCAACGGACAAUUUUGAUGAAGCAUAUGCUAUUGGGACCGGAGGAUAUGGGACUGUGUACAAAGCCCAGCUACAACCUAACAAUGUGGUAGCUGUCAAGAAACUUCACUCAUCAUCAUCUGAGAAUGUUGAUCAAAAUGGAUUCCUUAAUGAGGUACGAGCAUUAACGAACAUAAGGCAUCGAAACAUAGUGAAACUUUAUCGAUAUUGCUCACAUGCCCGCCACUCGUUUUUGAUUUAUGAGUACCUUGAAAAGGGAAGCCUUGGAUCAAUCUUAAGAAGUGAUGUCUUAGCAAAAGAAUUGGAUUGGUUGAAAAGGGUCAAUAUUGUAAAGGCUAUAGCUAAUGGUUUGGCUUAUAUGCAUCACGACUGCUCACCUCCUAUAAUUCAUAGAGACAUUUCCAUUGCCAACAUCCUUCUUGAUUCCGAUUAUAAGGCUGUAGACAAAUCGACUACAAUAAAUAAUCGAUAA